AUGGCUCCUCAGAAGCACUCAGCUACUAUCAAGACAUCGGUGCCAACCGAGGAUCAGAUACUGGUGCCGGAGACACUGCUGAAGAAGCGCAAGAGUCAAGAAAAAGCGCGUGAGGACAAGCUAGCAGAGCAGAAAGAGAGGAAAACCGUCAACAAGGAGAAACGCGGUGUCAUUUUCAAGCGAGCCGAAUCAUACGUCAAAGAGUACCGUGACGCAGCACGAGAAAAGAUUCGCCUGUCCCGUUUGGCAAAGCAAGAAGGCACAUUCUACGUCCCCGCCGAGCCAAAACUCGUCUUUGUCGUCCGUAUCAAAGGUAUCAACAAAAUCGCUCCCAAACCCCGAAAGACCCUUCAAUUACUCCGCCUCCUCCAAAUAAACAAUGGCGUCUUCAUCCGCCUCACGAAAGCCACUUUGGAAAUGCUCCGCAUCGUUGAACCUUGGGUAGCUUAUGGGUAUCCCUCGAUCAAGACCGUGCGAGAUCUUGUCUACAAGCGAGGAUACGGCAAGAUAGAUAAGCAGCGCAUCCCGCUGACCGACAAUCAGUUGAUUGAGGAACAAUUGGGUAAGCUUGGGAUCAUCUGCAUGGAGGACCUGAUCCACGAAAUAUAUACUGUCGGUCCAAAUUUCAAGCAAGCGAGCAACUUCUUAUGGCCAUUCAAAUUAAGUAAUCCGAAUGGUGGAUUCAAGGCGAGAAAGUUCAAGCACUUCAUCGAGGGAGGUGAUUUGGGGAAUCGGGAGGAGAACAUCAAUGCUUUGAUCAAGCAGAUGAACUGA